AUGGAAAACCUUACUCCAGACAACUGGAGUGAGAUUGUGAACAAAAAGCUUCACUUUCCACCGGAGCUGAUCCCCGCCAUCCAAGAGGGCAACACAGCCUCGGUGGACAGUCUCCUCUCCCUUGGUGAUGGGAUCAUCCGUCAGCUGGACGAGUCUGAGGAUCGGUUAUGGAGGGAAGCAUUGAACCUCUCCAUUCGACUGGGCAGUGAAGACAUCAUGACCUCCCUUCUGCUGGGUGUCAAGUUUGACUUCCGUCAGAUCUACGAGGCUCUGCUGGUGGCCGUCGACACCAACCAGCCCAGAUUCGUCAAACAUCUCCUGGACCGCCUGGAUCAGGAGAAAGGCAACAAGAUGGACGUUCGUUCUUUCAGCAUGGCCAUUUUCGACCACUCCAUUGACGAUUCUUUUCCACUGCAUGGUACGUACCUGGAGUUGGAACAGCUGUGUCAGGAGUUCGCAGUGGAGCUGCUGGGAAUGUGCCGGAACCAGAGCGAGGUCUCCACCAUCCUCAACAGUGCUGACGAUGACAGCGAGGAUGAAGAACUUAAUGAACAGACAUUUGAGGAAGGUAUCCCCAACCUUGCUCGUCUUCGAUUGGCGGUCAACUACAAUCAAAAACAGGAUGACGCAGAUGUCGAGUGGAAGUUUGCUCGUUCUAAGCUCUACCUCAGUUACUUCAGGGAGGGUCUCACUAUGCCAGUUCCCUUUAAUAUCAUCCCAUCUCCAAAGGCUCUCUUCUAUACCUUGAGAAGCAUCUGCCAAAAGAUUUGCUGUUGCUGUAACAAGAAAGCCCCAGAGUAUCCUCCCAUCGCAUCUUUGUCUAGCAAUACUCUGAAUAGCAGCGGAGGUCAAGGUGAGGGCAGAGUGCCAUACCGCCUGCAGGUGACCAAAGCUCUAGUGCACCGCUACAUCGAAGCCGCAUGCAGAGAGUUUGAAGAGAGCAAGCAUAAAGAUGUUGGGAACAGAAUCACUGAGCUGAAUAAAGUUGUCGGCCGACUGCACUCCGAGAUGCAGGAGUUUCACCAGAAGCUGCAGUGGCGGCCCAAAAGCGAGCCGGACCAGGCCAGCAUCCUGGGCAAAUACAUCAUGGGCGCAAGGAACAAUUUCCGUGACUUUGAUAAGAAUGAGGCCAUGGGGUGCGAAAACACAGGUCUGCCCAUCAGUAUGCAUCCCGCUGAGGAGGAGGGCGACGAGAGGGAAGGAGAGGAGGAGCCCAAGUCCGAGGGCCCUGUGGAGCUCGUCCCAGGAGAAGAAACUUCUUUUGAGACUGCUUGCACUGCUGAUGUGUGA